CCAGUCUCAGUUGGAGGGCUGAUAGUAAACCUUAUUGGUAUCUGUGCCUUUAGCCAUGCCCAUAACCAUACCCAUGGAGCUUCUCAAGGAAGCUGUCACUCAUCUGAUCACAGCCAUUCACACCAUGUGCAUGGACACAGUGACCAUGGGCACGGUCACAGCCACGGAUCUGCAGGCAGAGGCAUGAAUGCUAACAUGAGGGGUGUAUUUCUACAUGUUUUGGCAGACACACUUGGCAGUAUUGGUGUGAUCGUAUCCACCAUUCUUAUAGAGCAGUUUGGAUGGUUCAUUGCUGAUCCCCUCUGUUCUCUUUUUAUCGCUAUAUUAAUAUUUCUCAGUGUUGUCCCACUGAUUAAAGAUGCCUGUCAGGUUCUCCUUCUGAGACUGCCACCAGAAUAUGAAAAAGAACUACAUAUUGCCUUAGAAAAG